CGUCUGUCCGGUGUCCACAACGGCUGGAGCGGUGCUCUGCGGUUCGGUUUCACCAGUCUGGACCCUAGCGAGCUCAACUCCUCCAACAUCCCCAAGUACGCCUGUCCGGACCUGGUGACGCGGCCGGGCUCCUGGGCCAAAGCCCUGCCGGAACGCCUGGCGGUCCGCAACAACGUCCUGUCCUUCUGGGCCGACAGACACGGCCGUGUGUUCUACAGCAUCAACGAGGAGGAACCCACUCUCUUCCACUGUGGUCUGAGUAUAGGAUGUCCGCUCUGGGCCAUCAUAGACAUCUAUGGUCUCACCCAGGAGGUUACACUGCUAGAGAGCAAGUUUGCAGAGAGUGUCGGGUCCAGUUGUCUGUCUGCGGCCCGUCUCAGUGCCUACCUCCCUCAGAGCAGCCACGACUCCGCAAACUACAAUAACAACCAGCUAGAGAACAACCAGGCCACUGCGAAGAUGGCGACGUUACAGCUCAACAGCCAGGCCACUGCGAAGAUGUCGACGUUACAGCUCAACAACCAGGCCACUGCGAAGAUGUCGACGUUACAGCUCAACAACCAGGCCACUGCGAAGAUGGCGACGUUACAGCUCAACAGCCAGGCCACUGCGAAGAUGGCGACGUUACAGCUCAACAACCAGGCCACUGCUAAGAUGGCGACGUUACAGCUCAACAACCAGGCCACUGCUAAGAUGGCGACGUUACAGCUCAACAACUGCAGCUCAAAUUCUCCAACAUAUGCAGUGCUUACUAUAAAUGUGGACUCCACAAACGCGGGGCGUGACAAAGCGCGACGGGAUGUUUACUGCGUGUGUCUCUGUCGCUGUGUUCCAGGCACGCUCCAGUCCAGCUCUUCCUCCCCCUCCUCCCAGAGCAGUAGUAGCAGUAGUAGUCCAGACGACAGUGAUUCUGACCUGGCCUUCAGCGUCAACAGAUCCUCCUCCGAGUCCUCCCUGGUGACGGCCCCAAGCUCCCCUCUCAGCCCCCCUGUCUCCCCCACGCUGUCUUCCCCACCCUGUCUCCCCCACCCUGUCUCCCCCACCCUGUCUGCCCCAGAGCUGCCCUCUGGUGGUAAGAACGGGGAGUGCACCGUCUGUUUCGACCAGGAAGUGGACACAGUCAUCUACACCUGCGGUCACAUGUGUCUGUGUAACAACUGUGGGCUAAAGCUGAAGAGACAGGUCAAUGCCUGCUGUCCUAUCUGCCGCAGGCCCAUUAAAGACGUCAUCAAGACAUACAGACCAUGAGGGGACUGGGACAUUACUGCAGCAGGCAUUGUCUAGAGCAGAGUAAUUCAACUCUGACCCUACGACAUCCAGAGUACUGCUGGUUUCCUGUUCUACGUGAUAAUUCAUCGCACACCUGUUGUCCCAGGUCUAUAUCAGUCCUUGAUUAGAGGGGAAUAUUUUUUUUUUUUUAAAGCAGUGGAACUGGCUUUGAGGUCCAGAUUUAUAUUUGAGGGCUAUAGAGACAGACUGGACACCAUUUCAACAGGCCCAUCAAGGUCCUCAUUAAGCCAUCCAUGAGAGGAGAAACUCAUGGGACAGGCAGGCAGGGCUCUGUCUCCACCCCGGAGACAUCUCUUACCAAACUGGACACUACAGCAGGUCCAUCAAGGACCUCCCUCAUCAAGACAUAUUGGCCCUGAUAGACUGGACACACUGCAGCAGGCAGGCAGGGCCCUGAAAGAGGAUAGGCAGGCAGACUCUCUCUCUCUCUCGCUUUUCUCUC